UGCAUGCAUUUCAACUCACGAAGAGGAAGUCCCGCCAGCACAAGGUCAUACCACCUUAGGUCUGUGGCUGCAUUUCACAGGAAACCAAACCUAAAACAGACCUAGGAGGAGCUUUCUGCUAAAAGACACUGCUCAGCAUUGAGAAUAAUUCAACCCGCUGCCUUACGGAUUACCAGCUCCUGGCGCUGCCCGCGAUGCCGCCACAGCCCCCCAUGCAGGAGACCGACAUCUCAGCACAGGGCCUUUUGCGGUCCCCACGCUGUUCAGGCUGAGUUGAAGAUCCCUCUUAUUUGCCGGGAGCCAAGAACUAUGAACAGGCAGGGCAAUCGAAGGACAACAAAUGAAAGAUCCAGUGAUCUGAAGUUCCAGAACGUCCCUCUGCCAAAAAAUAGGUCACGGCCUCGAGUCAACAGUCCCACAGGCCAGUACCGGACUAUUCACAAGCCUCUUCUCCAUUGCGAAAAGAACUUUGCUGCAGUCCUGGAUGGAACAAAAGGCCAUGAUGAUGAUGACUAUGAAGACCCUGAAUGUCAUGUGGUAGAGGCGUGGCAAUCGAUGAAAAUUUUACCAGCAAGGCCUAUAAAGGAAUCUGAAUAUGCAGACACACGCUAUUUCAAGGGGGUGAUGGACACUGCCCUUUCCUCAGAUGCCAAGACCUCUAUCCCCACAGAGGAGCAAACCUGGAACAUGCGGAUGAGGCCGGAAGAAGUGGACAGACCCAUUUCCAAGGACAUCAGAAGCCAACACGUUAAAGGAAACAAACCCACAAAGGGAAACAAGACUCCGUUACCACCUCCUCGGCCGCCCAUCACCCUUCCCAAGAAGUACCAGCCCCUGCCCCCCGAGCCGGAGAGCAGCAGGUCAGCCUUCCCUCAGAGGCACACCUUCCCUGAAGCCAAGAGACAGCCCAGACAGAUAAGCUUAAAGAACUUAAGCGAGGUCCUUGGAACAGAGAAAGUUCCUCAUCACCAGGUGAAGUCCGAAUCAUUUCACCUGUCACAAAAUCAAAGUACUCAAGAGAUUCCUCUUGCCAUUGCCAGCUCUUCAUUCAUGGUGAACAACUACAGUAUGCAAAACAGAGAUCAUAAAGAAAGCAUGCAGUCCCAUUCUCCUCAGAGAUGUCAGUCUCCAGGCAGCUCCAGCUCUCAGGAAAAUUUGCUAUACUAUAAAAACACAAGCUGGAGAAAAACAUUCCCCGCAAGGUCUGAUGAAAAGGAUGUCCAGCACAACGAAUGGUACAUUGGAGAGUACAGUCGCCAGGCAGUAGAAGAGGUAUUAAUGAAGGAGAACCAGGAUGGUACUUUCUUGGUCCGAGACUGUUCCACGAAAUCCAGGGCAGAGCCCUACGUCUUGGCGGUGUUUUAUGGGAACAAAGUCUACAAUGUGAAAAUCCGCUUCCUGGAGAGGAAUCGGCAGUUUGCGCUGGGGACAGGACUCAGAGGAGAGGAGAAGUUUGAUUCGGUGGAAGACAUCAUUGAACACUACAAGCAUUUUCCUAUUAUAUUAAUUGAUGGGAAAGAUAAAACUGGGGUCCACAGGGAACAGUGCUACCUGACUCGGCCACUCCCUCUCAACAGACUCUUCUCACCUUGGUAGCCUGGCCUGUGUUUAUCUUCAGUUCAGUGCAUCCAACGCCUCUAUCGUUUUUCAUUUAUUUCAAAAGAUUAUUUUCUGUGGCUUUAAGGGAUUUCUUCUUUGGCUUCACAGAAAAGAAAAACAUUCUAUAAUGGAAAUUAGAAAAUCAAUCACGAGUUUAAAAGCUCAAACCACAGAAGAGAUAUUUAUAAGAUGCAAAAAUUAAAACUAACUUUUAAAAAGUAUCUUCUAAAGAAAAAACUAUAAACAUGGUCAUUACGUUCAUGUUACUGACCAGCAACAGAGGUUACAAGAAGCUAUUGCUUAAAUGUCUGCAGUUAGCACACAAGAAGCCUAGGUGAGAUUCCCAAAUCUACGCUCUUUAAAGAACCCAGCACUGCCUUUUCUUUAUUUCAGGACUGUUUGGACUUGUGAAUUUCCAUCGUCUACGUGAUUCCUUAUGCUAAGGAUGUUGGUGAAUGUUAGCUCUAUUUGUCAUCCUGGAAACUUAAUUAUAGGAAAGGGAUAUGCUGUGGAAAACAAGAACACUUGUAAAUAUCACUUUAAAGACAGAAAUCAGAAAUGCUUUGACUAUGGUGUGAAACGGCCAAUGGACCAGUCUCUAGCAGACUGUUUAGAGCUGCUGUAAAAAAAAGUGGAAUUAGCAGAUUCAUAAUAGGAAGUAAGCUUAAGUCUGAGCGAAAGUACAAUGUUUUUUUUUAAAUUCUACCUGUGGACUUCCAUUCAAAGGAAGAGAAGAAUGUUCCUCUAAUUAGUGUUAAUAUCUGGCAGGAACAUUGCACAUGUCACAAUAUUGUCCCCUCUCAAGGCUACGAGGAUCUCAUUUUAUUCCUAUUUUACAAUACAGAUGAGGAAACUGAGGCUCAAAGAGAUUACUGAUCUUAAUCUAAGAAGAGAGCCCAGAUUUUUAUCUGCUUUGCCUGGCUCCAUUCAAGCACAUCUUCCCAACUACAUUCCCUGUGGGAUUUUAUAAUCAAACUGAAAAGCUAAAUUAAAGAGAAAGAGAGAAAGAAACAAUUUGAAAAUACAGAUUUACCCACAUUGAAAUAGAUAAAUAAAUAAACUCUUAUAGUGGGGUAAACUUAAAAAAAAAAGAAUUCUGUUUGAAAUUAAUGUAUAUAAUGACUUCAAAUGUUACCAAAGCCUAGAUGUGAAAUUUACGGAGUAUUUAUGUAAUUGUAGAUUUAAUGCAGCAGUAAAAUCAACAGAAUAGGAAGGUAAGAGAUAUCAAUGAAAACAAUACCAACGAUGCCCAGUGUUUCUCUAAAAAAGCAGACAAUGAGCACUCUGAUUGGAGCUCUUGGCAUCUACCAACCAGCCCACCAACUGCCCAGGUUCUCUCCUUUCACAAGGGCAAUGUGAAGUAAUGCCUCUAAGUUAGACCAGGAGAUUUGAUGCAGAAGCUGCUUGUAAAGCUGGAACUCUUGAUCGCCAGCUGAGCCUGUCUUAGAGUGCAGCUGCACAGAAUAACAUACGAACCACACACAAGAGUAUUUGGAUUGGAGCUUGGCUACCGAGGAGCAGACUGCUCAGAGCUGAAGGUACUGUGGUUGCUGGUCACUCUCAACCGGACUUCAGCAAAACCAGGCCAGUGUGGAAACAGACUCUGCAGAGAGGCCAUAGGCACGUGUGCAGGAAGAAUCUGACCUUCAUCCUCAAAAGCUAUUGGGAGAUUACAGAUCAUUCUGAUUUGCUUAUUCCCUGGGGCUGUGCUACUCAAUGCUAUGUUCUCAAGAAAUGUUCCUGAGUCUCCUCAAGCAUUGCUGUUGUUAAAGUAAAUGAGCAUUAGGUGUUAGUUAGCAUCUGAUGAGGUCUAUGUUUCCAAAAAUAUGUUAUCACCUCUUGUUCACAAAUGCAUGAUAUGAUGCUAAGAGGAAAAAGAAGUAGAAAUCGACCAUCUUAUAAUAAAACGCCCACAACAUUUAUACAUAUGAAAAUCUCUGGAAAGAAAUAAAAAAUUCAAAAUAUUGACAGGGAUUGCUUUAGAUGAUUGGGAUUUGAGAGACCAUGUUAGUUACGUCUUCUGGAACUCAGAUGCCAAGACAGGAGUUAGAAGUGCAAACAUUUAUUGGAGGCAACGCCUGAGAAAGAUAAAGGGGAGAAGGAACAGGAGUAGACAGGGAGAGCCUUCAGGCUGGGACGUAGGGCUGACGCCUAUAAGAGGAAAGAGGGAAGAAGGGAGGAAUGAGUAGGAAAAGCACCAGUCUGAGAAGCAGUUCUGCGAGAGUCUUGGCCAGCCCAUUGGUAAUAUCCAGAGCAAAGACUGCCCAUAGAGGAGAGAGUACCAUAGUGGGCAGAAGUGGCCAGGUCUUAGUACAUCACCAUGCUAAGCCAUUACCGGAGACUGCCCAGGAAAAACACAGCCUUCAAAUGCCAUGGGAGAUCUAGAAGGCGCUGCAGCUGAGGCUGUCAGGUGAUUUAUUGAUCAGCAGGUUCUUCUUUCAAGGGAGAUGCAAAUGGCCCACCUCCAUGCCUGCCAUAGUGACGUUCUGGUUUUCAGUGUUGAUUACAAUAAGGACAUUUUGCUUGUAAUAGACUACUAAAGAAUAAGGAUGUAUAAAUUUUAAUUGUACUUGAUUCUUACAACAGUUCUGUAAAGAAGGCAUGGAAGGUAUUCUUAAAUCAUUUUAUAAUUGAGGAAACUAUGUUUUCUUGGCAAAAAUCUUACAGUGACAUAGUCGUGGCUGAAAACAAGCUCUUCACACACAACUCUCCUAUUCAGGGUCUAGCUGCUUAUUGGCUCUGAAAUUGAAAGCUCAAUGAUUUGGCCUUGGCAUGCCCAAAUUCCAGAGGGUUUUAAUCCCUCUUAAGUAUUAUUUCAUUUUUAGUUCGAAAGUGUCACUUGAUACCCAGCCUCAGUAAAGCAGUGGAAUUUUAGCUUUAUCUGAUUAUAGCAUCUAUACAUUCCAGAUAUUUCUUUUUGACUAAGUAAUUCCCAUUCUGGGUCAGUUUAUGUCUUCUUCCUCUCUAGUAAUACCUGAUGCACUUAUUUGUGCACUGCAUAUGAAUUCGCUGCUAGGCGCUCUUGUAAAUGUUGGAAUUAUAGUGAAUUUAGUGGGAGAAACAGACAACAGGUAUAUAAUAAGAUAAUCUAAGUUGGUUUCCCAUUACUUUGUUGUGUUUCCAUUUUAAUACUUAUCACUGAGUGCUUGUGAGUGAGGCCAACAUUAGAUAUUUUGAUGAAGCUUAUCUGAGAUGGCUUUAAAAAGUUUUGAACCAAAAAAUUUUAAAUUUUUCCAAAUUUAUUCAAUGGAAAAUUCUCCUUCUUGGCUAUAUGGCAGGGGUGGGGGUGUUGUGUUUGAGUAGCCACAUCAUAGCUGAAAUUGAAUAUUCUGUUCUAAUUACUAUAGAAGAAUCCAAAUUUUCCCCAUUGUCAAAUUUAGCCCAUUGCCGUGUGUGUACACAUACACACAUUUUUUAUAGGAUGAUCCAUAUUGUAUAUGAUUAGCAUUAUAUUUGUUAUCUAUUUUUUUAUCCUGAGUAACAUUUGUUCUAGCUAAGCAUAUUUACAUUUUUUUGAACACUCAUGAUUUACACCUGUGCUAACCUAAAUGAAAGCAAAUAUGUAAUUAAAUGCCAUAUUAUCUCUGUAACUGAGUAUUAAAUAAAGAAACUUAAAAUAUA